AUGUAUUCAUUUACCUCCGCGCCCGCCAUCUUGCUCAUCGACACCGCCAGCGAUGAGGGUAGUGUCCCCUUCGGUUUCUCAUUCUUGUUCUCGACUCAAACAUCCAUCAAGCAAAUGCGGUCGCUCUUUCUCGUCCACGUCUCGUCGCUGCGGACAUUACGAGACGCUGUCUGUCCCCCACAACGCAACAAAAGCUCAGAUCAAACUGAAGACCCAAAGUCAAGGGAAAAGUUUCAAGCAGUGAGCGAUGCAUAUGCAAUACUAGGCGACGAUCGCAAACGACGCGAAUACGACCGCUCUCUCAAAAGACCUGCUCCACCACCAACACCAACACCAACGACAUCACCUACCCCAUCCUCCACGACCUCCCGCCACCGCCCUGCCCGACCACACCCGCAUGUAUGGGAGGUCCACCGGUCCGGAAAAUACACUUACUAUCGUCCUCCUCCAGGCCAGCAGACGAGCUACACCUGGUCCCGUACAGACCCAUUUACGAGUCCGCAUGUGCAGAGAGCGACUGGCAAGUCGGCUAUGCCGGGUGGGGCACACCCGCGACCUAUGGAAGGGAAGGCGAGACCUGGGCCGUUUGCAGGGAUGGGGACAGGGGCAGGUAAGGAUGCUGGUACAGGGAGUGGCUCAGGGACAGCGGGGGCACCGCAUCAACAACGUACGGAGACAGAGUCGGAUCGAGUUGGGAGAGAGUCUUCCGUGUUCAGGGUGAUACAGGUUAUCGGUAUCGUUAUGGUGAUAGCUACAAUCGGGAAUGGAUUCAGUGUUAGUGCUUCGUGGUGACAUUACUGGAAAAACAGUGGGGCUUUCGAAGAGAGGGCGAUGUGAUGAGGGAUAUAGAUAUAAUUAUUGGGGAGCUGGUAGACUGCUCAUUCGUACAUUUACAAAGGAGGAGCAGGUAUAUGAGCAGACGGGUAAAGAGGUUACUUGCGUAUAUACUUGGAAGAGCAGACUAACUUGAUGAUGGGAAGCAUGAGGUGUAUAGGGAUACUAUAUGGAUAUAGUUAUCUAUCCAUUUGUACAAGGUGUACGUUCGCUCAUCAAUGACUAUCAAAUGCACUUCAUUCAUGGGCACAAUUGUAUAUCUACCUACGUGAGGCUUUUGGAUUAUGGCCUCGCUUUUGCAAUUAGUUGGAAAAAAUUUUGGGAUACGUCUUUAAA